AUGAUAGGUUGGUGCAAGUCUCUGUGCAAGGACCCCAAAAACAAGAAAAAGGACAAGAAAGAUAAACAUGGAGGUAAAGAGGAUUCAAAGGGAAAACAUAAGGUUAAGAAUGUAUACACCUAUUCUAUGACAGGUCAAGGCAAGAAGAAUGUUGAAUAGGAUUCAGCAUCAAUAUUUGAACUUAUAGAAGAAAAUACAUUAGUCAGAUUCUUUGGAGUAUACGAUGGUCAUGGAGAUUUCGGUAAAGAGGCUUCCUGGCUAGCUAACCUUGAAAUCGAACAAUUUGUGAGGAAAAACAUCAAGAAAAUACUGAAAUUCAGAGAUUAGAAGGACUACAAAGAAAGAGUUAAGAAAAUGUUCAAAUAAUGCUAUGCUGAUGUACAAGCUAAAUUUAAUAAAAAUAGUGGAACUACUGGAGUUUCGAUUCUUUAAAUAGAUUAAGAACUCUUUAUUAUGAAUGUUGGAGAUUCAAGAGCUAUUAUGUGCAACGUUGAAGGAGGUGAAAUCUCAGCUAUGGAAUUAAGUACAGAUCACAAACCAUUCAACCCAAUUGAGAAGGAACGUAUUGAGAAAUAAGGCGGUGAAAUUAUGCCUAAGGAAGGUACUAGUGGACCUUUAAGAGUUUGGAAGAAAGACGAGGAGUCUCCUGGUCUUGCCGUCACAAGAACACUAGGAGAUUUACUUGGACAUAAAAUUGGUAUUUCAAGUGAGCCAGAUAUCGAAUACUGGAAAGUCAUGAAUGAUGACUAUUUUAUUGUAAUUGCUUCAGAUGGAGUUUGGGAUGUUUUGAACUCAGCAGAGACAGUUGGCUUUAUUAUAAGAGAGACUGAUGAUAUGAAAAAAGCAGCAAUAUAACUAGUUCAAGCAGCUCGCUCUAUUUGGGAGUACUAGAAUUCUCUCAGAAGACAACAACAUAUGAAAAACAUGUUUGGUAAAGCAAUACCUUUGAGAGCAAAUCAAACAGAGAAACCAGGAGCUAUUGAUGAUAUCACAGCUAUUAUUAUUGUUAUGAAUCCCAAAAUAGAUAAACAAUCCUUGCAGAAUCAGUGA